UUGGGAAAUGCCACCAGGGUAAAAGAAUUUAUAUUUCUGAGACUUACCCAGUCCCAAGACCUGAGCUUCAUGUUAUUUCCUUUUUUAUUUUUUGUGUACAUGACAACUCUGCUGGGAAACCUGCUCAUUAUGAUCACGGUGACCUGUGAGUCUUGCCUUCACACCCCCAUGUACUUCUUGCUCCGCAAUCUACCCAUCCUUGACAUCUGCUUCUCCUCCAUCAUUGUUCCCAAGGUCUUGGUGGACCUUCUGUCAAAGAUAAAGACCAUAUCAUAUACAGGCUGCAUGAUGCAGAUGUUUUUCUUUCACCUCCUCGGUGGGGCUGACAUUUUUUCUCUCUCUGUGAUGGCAUUUGAUCGAUAUGUAGCCAUCUCCAAGCCCCCGCACUAUGUGACCAUCAUGAGUAGGGGGCAAUGCACUGCACUCAUUGUGGCCUUGUGGGUGGGGGGCUUCAUCCACUCCAUUGUGCAGAUUUCCCUGUUGCUCGCACUACCGUUUUGUGGCCCCAAUGUUCUUGACACUUUCUACUGUGAUAUCCCCCAGGUGCUCAAACUUGCUUGCACAGAUACCUUUGCACUUGAGCUCCUGAUUAUUUCCAAUAAUGGUCUGGUCACUACCGUGUGGUUUAUCUUCCUGCUCAUAACUUAUACUGUCAUCCUAUCAAUGUUACGAUCUCAGUCAGGAGAUAGCAGAAGGAAGGCCAUCUCUACCUGCACAUCCCACAUCACUGUAGUGACCCUGCAUUUUGUGCCCUGCAUCUAUGUCUAUGCCAGGCCCUUCACUGCCCUCCCCACAGAUAAGGCCAUCUCUGUCACCUUCACUGUCCUCUCCCCUCUGCUCAACCCCUUGAUGUACACCCUGAGGAGCCAUGAGAUGAAGUCAGCUAUGAGAAGACUGAAAAGAAGAUUCAAGCUUCCUGAAAGGGAAUAG